GUCGUUGUUCCUCCUGAGAUAAAGGAUGGAGUGCUUCCUCCAUCAGGAGGCAGCGGUGAUGUUGCACAUCACGCCUCUCCUUUAAACUUUCAUCACACUACAGCUUUGAGAAACGUCAGAAGUAUUGCAUGAGAACGACAAAUAAAGUCUCACGAUUAACUGCGAGACUUCAACCCCCCAAUCCAAAAAAAAAAAAAAAGAUUUUGGCCGGUCGAAAGAGCGACAUCCGAUGGGGGCAGCGACACUCGGAGAUCCACGGGUCAAGUGAGGGGGGUCCUACACAUGGAUGAACUGGGGGAGGAGAGAGCACAGUGAGGCUGUCAUGUAAACCGUCUCCUCUGGGGCCACCUCUCGGUGCGCGCUGCUUCCUGCCUCAGGUAGAAGCCUCUCAGUGUUGCUGCUGCUGAGGCGUCAGGCUGCUCGCUCUCCUCUCCCCUCCUGCUGAGAAGGCAACAGCUCCACUCUCAAAGCACUGAAAUGGAGAAGAGCUGCUCAGAGUGUUCAGAGCCGACACUUGCGCAGAGUCUGUGUACACUCUGCAACAAGUGGCUAUGUUACCAGUGCACAGAUGUGCAUCAGCAUCAGCGAGCCCCUACCACUUCCCAGUACACAGAAUUGCACCCACAACAGAGGCCCAGUGCCACCCAGCGUCCUGACCUGCACCAGAGAGGCUCCAGCUCCCUGCCUCCCACUGGACAAGGCCCGGGGUCGUAUCCUUGCUCCCUCCUCAUGUGCCACUCUCACAGACAGGAGCCCUUGGAGCUGUUUUGUGAGUCAUGUGACCUUCUGUGCUGUAGCAGCUGUCACCUGUCCUCCCACAAAAACCACAGGGUGGUGCCGAUCGGGAAGGCUCUACAGGAUCAACAGUGGCUGUUUGAGAGCCUGAUGGUGCAGGUGGAAGAGAGGAGGUCUGCAGUGGAGAACAAUGCUAAACAGAUAGAGGACAGACUUCAUGGAGUAAAGAUUGCACACAGGAAGGCAGAGAACCAGAUUAAAAUGGCAAAGAUGAUUAUGAUGAACGAGCUUAACAAACGAGCCAACCUAUUAAUAGAGCAACUGGAGAAAAUCUCAGAGGACUUCCAGCAACGUCUGGAGGACCAGCUGCAGGGGGCAAUAGAGACAUGUGGCCAGUUGGACCAUGUUCAGAAGUUCAUCACCUGGGCUACGACCCAUCACUGCAGAGGCCCGGUGCUCUUCAGCAGGGCUCUGAUUUCACUCCAGAUGCAGCAACUGCUUGAGCCAUCACUCAACUCAGACUCCUGGAGUCCUGUCAAGAUAAAAUUCAACUGGGAUGCCAGUUACUGGACGAAGCAGAUUUCCUCUCUAGGCCAGCUGACUGUUGAAGGAGGAAACUGCAUUUAUCCUCAGGGCUUGGCCUGCCCCAGUAUUCUGAGGCCUCAGCCUAUCACCUGUUUGGCUCUGCCAUCUGUGUGUCACAGAGGACGGGAGCCGGCCUGUGGGUACCCGGCCUGCUGCGAGCCCCAGAUGUGUUGCCUGCACAGCAUUCCCUCUCAGCCAGAUCUGUCCAGUCUGGACAAAAGUCAGCUGGAAGCCACACUUUAUAACUCCAGCUUUGGUCAGUCUGCACUUAUCUCUGCCUCCUUGCACCCGAGCCAGCAGCUCCAGAGGUGCUGGGAUCCAGACAGUUCAUCGCAAUGUCCUCCCCCUUCAUCACCUGUCCCUGUCAUGGGACCCAUCCAGCUCAACUGCAAUCGAGGAUCUACAUCCCAGUUGCAAGCUACUGCUUCCCAGUCACAGUCUCAGAUGAAAUCUUACGUCCAUCACCAACAACAGAGACAAGUUCCUCCGGACAGUCAGGCUCAGCCAAAUGCAGAACAUAGCAGGCAAGGCCAGUGUCAGGGGAAGCUGCCGACCAGCAAAACUCUGCAGCAGGAUCUCAGCCACACUGCUGUGGACAGAGAUGUGAUGAGUGGAGAGAUCUGGGAGGAGAGACGCAGAGUGGAGGAGGCUCGUGGACAAAGGGCGGCAGCUGAAAGCAGAGAGCUGCAUGACGAGGAGCUGCAGCAGGGCAGGAGGGAGCAGAGUCCCGUUCAACAACAGCAGCCGGCCAUUGUUCCUCCUGCAGCAGAGCUGAGGAAAGAGCAGCAGAGGAACAGACCUGCACUGAUGCUCAAAGACCACAGAGAUGGCAGGAGAUCCACAUCCCUGGAGGUGCCGGUGACAGCCCACGAGUGUGUAUCUGACGUGCCGAGCACCAGGCUCAGCCCUAGUUUAGUGUGCACGAGGAGGAAGAGACGCUCCCAGAGCAUCCCGGCAGAACUGGCAUCCCCGUCCACCAGCCCUUACUCUGAAAGGCCCACAGGAUGCACUCGUGGUGUAGAGGCAGGAACUGCAAAUAAGUAUACCAGUAUGGAUCCAAGACAGAGGCGAGCUUCAGAUGGGGUGCUUUGUGUUGUCAAAGAAACUUCGACUGACACAGUGCCCUUCAGAAGCCACCGGUCCCCUCUACUGUCCUAUAAGACGGAGCCAGAUCAUUCGUUUACUUAUGUAGAUGAAGAGGUUGAUUAUGAGGCGAAGGAGCAAUGCAGGGUGUCAAGAAACGGCCACAACAGUGUCACAGAUGCUCAGAAGGACUCGGGAAGGCCCAGGGUUCCAGUGGUUUGCUUAGAGCGUCUCAAAAUACUUGUGUCUCAACUCCCCCCACAUGGACGACGGCAGAGUGACCCUUUACCUGCCAGCGGGAUGGAGAGGAGCGAAACUCUCCCACAGCAGAGAACGUGGCACGAUGCAACACCUGAAGGGAUAGCUGGAGGCUCUGAAACCACAAGGACCACCCGCUCACUCAAAGUAUCAUCAUAUGCAGAGCGUCAGAACCACAAUCAGUCAACCACACACUCCACCACCAGUGAGUUUGACAGUCAAGGGAGAAUCAGCUCUCAUAAAGAAUCCACGCUGCCAUCCACCAAGCCUAAAUAUGUGCCACAGAGUUACUCUGUGCUGGUUCUAGACUCUGACUCUGAUCCCAGGUCAGUCUCAGAAGAAGAAGCAGUUGUUUCUUGGCCUGAUCCAGAUGCACAGGCUGACUCAGAUGCAUCACCAGAAUCUGACCCAAAUGCAGAGUCCUUAUCUGAGGCUGAACUUGAAUGUCUGGUUGAGGAGAAAUCAGGGCCAGCGGGAGUGAUGGGGCUCGAUGGUGAAACUGAUAUAGCAGGGGAUUCAGAGCCAAGUCUUGAAUAUGAGGCAGACCCAGAAUCAGAUGCAGGCGCAGGAUCAGAGGACGGCCAAGGGCUGGAUGCUGAUGCAGAAUCUGGUGAAGCUGAAACAGAGUCAGAUGUCCAGCUCGACUAUGACCCCAGCUGUCAGGCAGAGACUGAUUCUGAUGUUGUAUCUGAUCAGCCUCAAGACUCUCAGGGCUCUGUGGAAUCUGAGCUCGAUGUUGAAUCUGAACCUGAACUGACAACCGAUGAGCCGCAACCGCUUCGCUCUGACCUGGAAGAGGAGUCCCACACUGGACCCAGUCAGAGGCCGCUUCUGAUUGCAAAUCCUGUUCAAAGAGGCACAGAGGAAGCCCAGGCUGACCAGGACAAUGCAGAGAUGGAGAGCGAAGACUUCUGUGCCGUGUGUCUGAUUGGAGGGGACCUGCUGUGCUGUGACCGCUGUCCAAAAGUCUUUCAUCUGUCUUGCCAUAUCCCGCCUCUGCUAAGCUUCCCCUCAGGUGACUGGGUGUGCAGCCUGUGCAGAGAUGUUGCACAGCCAGAGGUUACAUACGACUGUGAGAAUGAGAGAACAUCUGGAGAACACACAUUGACACACGGACUGCCUGCACGUGACCAGAGAAAAUGUGAGCGGCUGACUCUUCUGAUCCUCAGUAACAUCCUGAGUGCUCCCUUCCAUGAGCCCGUCAGUCCACUCGCUCGUCAUUACUACCAGAUCAUUAAGAGGCCUAUGGACCUGUCUGUGAUCAGGACCAAACUCAACAAGAGGAAUUCCCGACAUUAUAACUCACCAGACCAGUUUGUUGCUGAUGUCUAUCUCAUGUUCCGCAACUGUGCAAAGUUCAAUUAUCCUGACUCUGAGGUGGCCCAAGCUGGCCGCAGCCUCGAGGCGUUCUUCACCUCUAAGCUGAAAGAAGUUUUCCCAAACAGAGUUUUCCCUGCGGCAGAGGCGGACUCUGACAGCGAUGAGUACGAUGAGGCCUACAGGAUGGCUGAGGGUGGUUUCCCUUGGCCAGAGAGGAGGGAGCAGUGCCACAGGAAGAGGAAGAGAAGAAACUCUCUCAAGUCAAGGAGACAUCACUUCUAACCAGAUAGGAAUGGACAUAGUGUAACUAUGGACAUAAAUAUGCUGUAUUUGUCUGUAAUUAUGCUGUUUUUAUUGGGCUGUAACAAUGUUUCCAUUCUGUAAUCUGAAUGUAGCCCUAAUUUGUGGUUUGCAAUAAUAUUACAGUGCUGCCAUCCGAUGGCAGCUGAACAUAUUGAAACAAUACUUCAAAUGUUUGAAAGGCAGGAGCAGUUAUUGUCCUUACAGAUCAAAGAAGAGUAUGUUACACAUUUACAACCAAAUCUCUUUGGAGAAAAAAGAUCAAUCAUACAGAAUUUGUUAGGUUUUUCUGCAGCCAUAAAAAAAAUUGGGGGGCCGAUGCUGUAAUUGUUACUGUAUCAUAUCAUAUUUUGGCUGUUGACGUUCACAUUCAGACCUCCCAAAAUCACAUACCUGAUAUUAUAUGCUAUAUUGUACAGGGGAUGCUGUAGUUUGAUGUUUAUUAAUCUCACUUUGCAUCUUUAUUAGGUGGAUUUUUUUAGGUGAACUUAGCUCUGAUUAUACACGGCACUUUGAAACUUUGAUAUGGGUAAAUAUUGUAGUUACCAUAUUCGUAAACAUAUUUAUACAUGUGUACCUGUACAGAACUUUAUUUUACUAUAUUUGUCAUUUUAAUUAUUAAAUGAUUGCAGGCAAUUAUCAUAGGUUUGAUUAUUGAUAUAAUUAUGAGUCUCGGUAGCUUUUUUUUUGAAAAGCAGCAGUGUGUCUUAAUGAUUUGUGCAGUACAGAAUGUGAGUGAUUGAGGGCACUAUAAGCAGUGUUAGAGCUCAACAGAGCACAUGUAUUUUCCAUAUCUAACAAUCCACGAAAUGUUUCAUUUUAGCCAUGAAUUAAGUGUGUGUAUACAUUAUGGUAACAUUUCUGUUCCACCAGUAUUUCAGCAAAAAAACUUAAAAAUAUCUCAGGCUUAAUAAGAGUGUAAGGUAUUGAUAUCAUUCAGUAUUGAUGAUUAUAAAACGUCUUUGCUUUUUGUAGAGCAACACCGUUUAGAGGAAAUCUGUUAUUUUAUAAUACCCGCCAUUGUAGAGCGUUUCCUGUUUUUAAAUAUUCUUUACUUGCUUCCUGCAGCUUACAAUAGAUUUGACUUGACAUUUAGAGUAAUUACUGCACAUGUCUGUGCAAAACUGUAGUGAUUAUACAGUAUAUGUAAUGUUACUUCCUUUGAAAAACAAUCAGUGUAAUAAUAUUUCCUAUUGUAUGAGGGACGAUUGAUAAAGUAGAAUUACUGUUUCAUUCAUUUCAUUUUUUAAUGUAAUGUCAACAAUCAAUGCACAUAUUGCUUAUAAAUAAAAUGCAGACAAGAGACA